CUUGCAAACGAAGCGUGAGAAAAGCUCUGGCACGCUGGAUCUGAGACAAGAAGUGCGUCAAUCCCAGGAGAAGAGACUGCCUGUAGUAUCUCUGCAUAGGGGACCUGCGUCAAGUUAUUCUUCACUCUAUGCCACAGCCACCGCUGACCUUUAGUGGUAUAUCAAGGUAUCGAAACCAGUUACCUUACCUUACUUUACCUUACUUUACCUUAGUCAUCAGGCUCCCUCCCUGACCCAUCCGCGGAUCAUCGGGACAGUGGAGCACGUUGUUUUUGCUGCAGCUACCAAGGUCGAAGGGGAGCAUCCUUAUCCUUGCGUUCAGAUCUAUCGGGAUCGUAUUCCUGUUGGAGCCUGGAGUUGGUGGGAGGCUUGGAGAACGGUCUUCCUAAUUUCCCGGAGCACCGCCGCAAUACUUCCAAGAGAUCCCAGUAUUUGCAUUUGCGAAGGCAUGUCUGACUACCACCGGCGCUGGAAUAAGGAAGAUGACCUGCCGGUUUACCUGGCCAGACCCGGCAGCACGGCUCAGACUCCGCGGCAGAAGUCGUAUGGGAUGUUCUCCUCGGUGGAGGGAGCCUUCGAGAACAAGACCAUAGAUUUCGACUCGUACAGCGUCGGCAGGAAGGGGAGCAGGAGCCCGAGAAGCGGGAGCAGGGAAAACCUUGUAGACGGAGACUAUUUUAGUGGAUCGGCCAGCGAAACGAGUGAAAUCGGCGGCUCGCUGCUCAGUUCCCCCAGCGACGACAAGACCCCCGGAGUGGAGAUAAAAUACUCGUCCGGGAAGGAGUUUCUCCAAGGGGAGCAGAAUGAGAAGAGUGACCGUCUGCUCAUCAAGGGUGGAAGGGUCGUCAACGAUGACUUGUCCUUCUUUGCUGAUAUCUAUCUGGAAGAUGGGGUGAUUAAACAGCUGGGGGAGAACCUAAUCGUGCCAGGAGGCGUGAAAAUAAUCGAGGCAAGCGGCCGCAUGGUGAUCCCCGGAGGCAUCGAUGUCAACACCUGCCUGCAAAAGCCCUACCUGGGUACCCAGACUGUGGAUGACUUCUUCCAGGGCACCAAGGCAGCACUGGCUGGGGGCACCACCAUGAUCAUUGACCACGUGUCCCCCCAGCCUGGGGCCAGCCUGCUGCAGGCCUUUGAGAAGUGGCAUGAGGCAGCAGAUAAGAAGUCCUGCUGCGACUAUUCCUUUCAUGUGGACAUCCCUCACUGGCACGAGGGCGUCAAAAAGGAGCUGGAGAUCUUGGUGCAGGAGAAGGGGGUCAACUCCUUCCAGGUGUACAUGGCCUAUAAGGAUCUGUACCAGAUGACUGACACUCAGCUCUAUGAGGCCUUCACUUUCCUCAAGGAGCUGGGCGCCGUGGUGCUGGUGCACGCAGAGAACGGUGACCUCAUCGCUCAGGAGCAGAGUAAGAUCCUCGGGAUGGGCAUCACUGGGCCUGAGGGACAUGUGCUGAGUCGCCCCGAAGAGCUGGAGUCCGAAGCUGUGUUUCGUGCUGUCACCCUGGGCAACCGGGUCAACUGCCCCAUCUACAUCACCAAGGUGAUGAGCAAGAGCGCGGCGGACAUCGUGGCCCAGUCAAGGAAGAAAGGAUCUGUGGUGUAUGGGGAGCCCAUCACAGCCAGCUUGGCAACAGACGGAACACACUACUGGAGCAAAAACUGGGCCAAGGCUGCGGCGUUUGUGACAUCCCCGCCCCUCAGCCCCGAUCCCACUACGCCGGACCAUCUCAACACUCUGCUGGCCUGUGGGGACCUCCAGACAGUGGGCAGCUCCCACUGUGGUUACAGCACUUCCCAGAAGGCCAUUGGGAAGGACAACUUCACACUCAUUCCUGAAGGCACCAACGGGGUAGAGGAGCGGAUGUCCUUCGUGUGGGACAAGGCUGUGGCUGUGGGCAAGAUGGAUGAAAACCAGUUUGUGGCCGUGACCAGCACUAACGCUGCCAAGAUCUUCAACCUGUACCCCCGGAAGGGCCGGAUAGCAGUGGGCUCCGAUGCUGACAUCGUCAUCUGGGACCCCGACAAGAUCAAGACCAUCACGGCCAAGACACAGCAGUCGGCUGUGGAGUACAACAUCUUUGAGGGCAUGGAAUGUCGAGGGGGGCCGCUGGUGGUCAUCAGCCAGGGAAAGAUCGCUUUCGAAGGUGCUAACCUGUCCAUGCAGCAGGGAGCCGGACACUUCAUCUCGCGCAAACCCUUCCCCGACUACGUCUACCAGCGCAUCAAGAUGAGGAACAAGGCAAUGGCAAUGCACGGUGUGUCGCGAGGCAUGUAUGACGGCCCAGUGUACGACAUCCCCAUCACCCAGAAGUACAUCACCCCUUCGCCGUCCGCCAAGACGUCACCUACCAAGAACCAGCCCCCUCCAAUCCGGAACCUCCACCAAUCCAACUUCAGCCUAUCAGGGCCGGACUCUCAGCAGUUGGAGGGUAACACAAAUACAAGCAAACAUAACAAGCACACAUCAGCUAUAGGUGCCCAAGCUGACGACAAUGUCCCUAGGCGCUCUGGCCACCGCAUAGUGGCGCCCCCCGGUGGCCGUUCCAACAUCACCAGCCUUGGCUGAGCUAUAGUCCUGUGGGGGGGAGAGGUUGACCUUCGAGUGACAGAUCAGUGAGGAGAGUUGUGUGGUUCCUUUCUGUCUCAGUGUCCUGUUUUGUUUCACCGGCCAACUUUCCCAGUGUAUGGAAAAACAAAAGUAUCCUUCCAUCCAGCUGACAGGAUGCGGUGACUGUAGUGUUAUGUUAUUUUUGUUUUUUGGGGAUUUAACACGAUCACAUGUCUGUCCUAUAACCAAUGCAAGCAUGGUGCUUCAAUGGCCUCGCCCCCCCACCUUUAGUGAACACAAACUAAAGUAUAUCAGUAUUGUUUUGUAAAUGGACAUGGUAUUGUUGCACAUCCUGAGUCCGAUUGAAUAGUUGGUUAGUUGCAUGUAGAUACACAUUUUUGACGUCGAUAAGUAUUAUCCGAAUUUUACGUUGUCAGUACACGCCAGAGUUGAUCACUUGCUUCCCACUGUGCAGCAGUGAACUUAAAUGGGUUUACAUUCACGAAAUAUAAUGAGGGUCAGGAGACAUCUGCAGAUGGACCAUGGCUGAGAUCACCGUCGCGUCAGGUAGCAAAAAUCGCCAACUGUGACAGCAGCCCAGCAGCAGCGGCCAACAUCAUGCUGGGUCCUUCUUUAGGGUGGCCAGCUACAUGCCUAUCUGAUCGCCUAUGCGAUGAAGAAGCACACCCCUGCCCCCAGCCCCCACCAUGGAGAAGUCAUACGAGGGGGGGGCAUCUUACAGUUUCACUUUCCUUAAAAGUGCUUUGAAAACUCUCCACUGACCUAUUUCUAACUUUUUUAUUUGCAGGUUUACUUUAUAUACAGACUCAUACCUAACAGCCUUGUUUUAUUUCGUUGCUGUGUAGUGUCUUAAGAAUGAAAUCUUCCAUCAUUGUGAAAUAAAACAGUGGAAACUUUAAA